AUGUCUACACAGCUUACUCCGAUUAUCAAAAUCAAUCAGGCAACUCACAACCGGUGGACAGCCCUUGUACAAAUCUUAGAAUGUCAGCACGUUUUGCAAACUAAAAAAGGGUCUUCUUACAAACGACUGAUGUUAACAGAUUCUGAAGGCUUAAAGUUCACAGCAAUUAUUUACAGUGAGAAUUUACAUUACUAUGCAAGAACAUUCACACAAUACAGGAGGUAUCGCAUCUCAAAUGCGUUUGUCAUCCCAUGUGAUCCAAGAUAUGCAGUUAGCUUAUAUGAAUUUUCAUGGGUGCUCAAUAAGCGAACGCUUGUACAAGAACAUCCUGAUCGCAAUCCGGUGAAUUUACCUUGUACUUUUGAAUUCACUCCAUUUACGAGGCUCCAUGAACAUGCUGAAUCAGACCAUCUUCAAAAUGUCAGAGGCAUCGUUGUGCGAUGUUUGCCCAGUUAUGAAGAAGGUUCUGACCUUGUCAGUCGGAGAGAUGUGAUUAUCAUCAACGAAGAAAAACUGCCUUUGGUGAUCACUCUGUGGAACCAAUUCGAUGAACAUGAGGCCAUCUCUUUAACAACGAAGCCAAAUUCAUGUUUGCUUAUCAAUCCGCCGGUUAGUGACAACUUGCAAUUACGCACCUGGUACAAUAACAACCGCAAGGAAAUAAAUGACUUGCUAUCAGUCACAAACUACCGAAGAAACUAUUUCAUUCUACCAUAUCCAGCUGAAACAAACAUAUCUUCUAUUCUUUCUGCAACUUCACGUUUCGACACUAUGAAAACUGCUUGGGUGAAAGGCACCCUGAGUCUUCCUGAACAAGAACGUAACUUAUCAUACACUGCCUGUUCCAAUUGCUUCAAGUCUAUAGAAGUCGACACAACUUGGAUUGUUACCUGUCCUUCUUGUCACAUCGAAUCAGAAAUUCAACAGAUGUCAAGGUUAACUGUUUUGAUUGCCGAUGAAAGUGGAGUGAUGAAAGCAAAUUUACACACACCUGAAGUUGAAAAGUUUAUACCUUUCUCUCCAAAAGAUGUGCAAAUCAGUGAAGAAACUGGUGAGACUCUAUGCAAAUCCAUUGCCAUUGCAAUCAACUCUGUUUAUAUUGUUGCUUUCGUUCGUGCAUACGAAGUGCAUUUUCAAGGAACAACAGACAUCAAAGUGAAUAUUGUUAAAGCUUACAAAGUAAAUGAUCAUGCUGCUGUGUCAAAUGAGUCUGAUAACAUGGUCCAUAGAUCAAACAUCGGUGAAGGCACAUCAACAACCAAAAAUGUGUCUUCUGUUGCAGCCACAGUUCCUUUGCCAUCGGCUGCUGAAAUUGAAAAACCUGUUGAAGUUAAGAAUUCAAAGCAAGUUCCUGUCACAUGCUUGCUUCCAAAGAAUAAGCCAGAACCAAUUCUAAUGACAAAACAUCUUCUUCCAGAAAUUCCAAGUUCCAGCUCCUCUCCAUUUGAACAAAAAGUUUCUGAAUCAGUCCCACCUUUAGCACUUCCUGUGAAAGAAGAUGUUCCUCGGGCAACCAAUCCAAGGCCCUCUAAAAAAACAAAGUAA